GAAUGCAAGAGACGUUUAAUCAGAGUAAGCAUAUUAAUCUCAUUAAUAGGGUAUUGCAAAAUGACUUUGUUAGACUCAGCUGGAAGAUUUAUCUCAAGAGAUCAAUGAGGAAAGUAUAUCUUCCAGUGCACACAGGUCAGACAUGCAGUCAUCGGUUUGCUGCUUUUGGAUGCAGCAUCAAACAGAGCUGCUGCUAAACAAUCCUGAAGAGAACGUCAGACUGGAGAGCUUUUAAACAGACGCUGUCCUCCAACACACAGCCUGUGGAGUUCAACUAUGUCUAAUCUCAGGACUGUUUUAAACAACUCUGUCAUCAUUCAUCCUCCAGGCUUUUAUAUCAUCGGAUUUGAGACAUUUCCCUUCAUCAGUGUCUACUUCAUCUUUCUAGCGUUUGUUUAUGUGGUUACAGUGCUGUUCAAUAGUUUGGUGAUCUAUGUAAUUGUCUUUAAUCGUUGUUUACACACUCCAAAGUUUUUGGCUGUUGUCAACCUCGCAGUAAUUGAUGUAAUCCUUAACUCAUGCACUAUUCCCAGCAUGAUGAAGAUAUUUCUCGUUAAGGACAAUUUCAUUCUAUUCAACUUAUGUUUGGUACAAAUGUAUGUAUAUUAUACGUUUGUAUCAUUGGAGUCAUAUGCACUCGCUAUACUUGCCUAUGACCGGUUGAUUGCAAUAUGUUUCCCUUUGCGUCAGAACUCAAUCAACACACUGCGGAGCAUGUCUUGUAUUGUCAGCCUGACUUGGUGUUUUGCUCUGGGAGUAACAGCAUUUGCAACAGGUAUAAUGACUCGACUGUCUUUUUGCAAUUCUGUCAGGGUGUUCAGCUAUUUCUGUGACUAUGCACCUGUGUUUAGACUCGCCUGUAAUGAUUACACAUUGCAGUGGUCUGCAGCUUCUUUUCUCACUGUUUUGCUCCUUGUAGGACCCUUUAUUUUUAUUUUUCUGUCAUAUGUCAGCAUCCUGGUGACUGUGUUCAGGAUGAAAUCUUUAGACAGUCGGGUGAAAGCUCUUGCCACUUGUGUUGAGCAUAUCAUUCUUGUUGGUGUAUUUUACAUUCCUCUUAUUACUAUUUUUACUAUCGGGUUUUAUCUGCGUUUCAUUGACCCAGACCAGCGUGUGCUGAGUCUGUCGCUGGCCUCUUGCCUCCCACCCUGCAUCAAUCCUAUUGUAUAUUCUUUGAAAACCAAAGAGAUCAAAACCAGAGCCCUGGCACUGGUAAGAACAAAUACAAUUGGCACACAACAAACAUACCAACAAAAAAGCUAUCCCUGGAGGGUUAAUAAAACACAGCAAUAAUAGUACCAAUAUAUUUGUGCAGUCAGUAAAGAGCCUGAACUGUGUGCCAUAAAUAUUAAUGUCUGUCAACAGAAAUGUCCCAAAUGGGUCACCAGUUUUAACCAUGAGGUCAUCAGUGUCAAGAAGGCUAUGAACAGGGUACUUUACUGCAAACCACACAAUUUAAUUUGAAUGUGAUUUAAUUAAAGUUGCAUUAUAUGUAAUAUUAUAUGCAUACCUAUCUUAGCUGUAUUCCAUAGGUGUUGAAAAACUUGUCUGUCUUUUGUUUCCUACAUAUCUGACUUUUUACAGGCAUUACAUUUAUUAUGAAUACCCUGAUAAUUCUGGGCCAAUGUGCUAUAACUGUAUAUACAAUCUUUAAUCUUUUUUUCAUCAUUGAUACUUUACACACUGGUUGCGCCACAUAGGCCGAUGUGUUCAGGCCAUUUAUGUGAGGGUUAUCUCGUAAAUAGAAAGGUGCAUAGUUUGUAAGCAUUUCAAUAAAUAUCUUUGGAGAAGCUGACUGCUGCUCCUCGUACUCUACUGAAGAAGGUUUUGGGCAGACAGACAUAGCAGGAAAACUAUCCUCUUGUUAGUGAGACUACAAAUGAAUCCCAGCACAUAAAAUUCUCAAUAAAUAUUCUUUAAUUGUGUCUGCAGGUUUGUUUUCUAAUAUCUAUAUGUUUUGUGAAUCUUCAAAGAUGUAGGUAUGGAAAAAUUGUGACAUUGUGAUGAGAUUUCAUUAAAACAAUUCAUUUUCAAAACUUAAUCUCUCAAAUUUGAAGCUGCUUCAACUGCUCAGUAAUGUUAUUUUUGACGAGACGUUUUGCUGAUGAAAACAAGCCCCAGAAUGAUCACUCUGGCGGGGCAUGUAGGCCUAAAACAAGAUCAUGGCAUCAUGCAUAAGGUACACUUUCAGAGCAAAUGAUGAUCUAUAGUAAGAAGCACACUCCCCAUAAAGAUGUGUGUCCUGACCUCUGAUAUCAUGUGGUUAUCACAUGCAAUUAGUUGUAUUCAUUCAAGGGAUUUUCAACAUUUUGGAAUAAAAUGGUCUGACUGUAAAAAGCUUUCACAGUAAGCUGAAAUGUUAAAAGAAAAAACUCAUUUGAAGAUUUCCUGCAUUAAAUGUGUGAACUUUU